AUGCUCAAGUCCAGGACGUUCCUGAAGAAGACUAGGGCGGGCGGGGUGCUUAAGAUCGUGCGGGAGCAUUAUCUGCGAGAUGACAUCGGUUGCGGGACCUCAGGCUGCACUGAAUGCUGCGGAGCACAGGAAGGUCCAGCUCUAGAAUCUCGGCCUUGCGACCCCGAGAGCAGCCUCUGCCCUCAGCCCCACUACCUCCUGCCCGAUACCAACGUAUUACUCCACCAGAUUGAUAUACUUGAGGAUCCAGUCAUCAGAAACGUAAUCUUACUACAAACAGUUCUCCAGGAGGUGAGGAAUCGGAGUGCACCAGUAUAUAAGAGAAUCCGUGAUUUGAUAAGUGAUCAUACCAAGCAUUUCUACACCUUCACUAAUGAGCAUCAUAGAGAAACAUAUGUAGAACAAAAACAAGGGGAAAAUGCUAAUGAUCGGAAUGAUAGAGCUAUCCGAGUGGCAGCAAAAUGGUACAAUGAACACAUGAAGAAAAUUACAACAGAUGAGAAUCAUCCUCAAGUUAUCUUGAUAACAAAUGACAUAAAAAAUAAAGAGAAGGCAAUAGAAGAGGGAGUACCAGCUUAUACAUGUGAAGAAUACAUAAAAAGCUUAACAGCAAACCCUGAACUCGUAGAUCGUCUUGCUUGUCUAUCUGAUGAAGGGAAUGAAAUAGAAAGCCGAAAAGUAAUAUUUCCAGAGCAUCUUCCCCUGAGUAAGUUACAGCAAGGCAUAAAAUCUGGUGCAUACCUUCAAGGAACAUUCAGAGCAAGUAGAGAAAAUUAUCUUGAAGCCACAGUAUGGGUUCAUGGAGAUGAUGAAGAGAACAGAGAGAUCAUCCUCCAAGGACUUAGAAACUUGAAUCGAGCUGUUCAUGAGGACAUUGUAGCUGUAGAGCUUUUGCCCAAAAGUCAGUGGGUAGCACCAUCUUCUGUGGUCUUACAAGAUGAUGGACAAAAUGGAGAUGAUGUAGAAGAUGAAGAAGAAAAAGAAAACACUCUAAAAACUGCUAUUAAUGAGAAAAUGUUAAGACCUUCAGGAAGAGUGGUAGGUAUAAUAAAGAGGAACUGGAGGCCAUUUUGUGGCAUGCUUUCCAAGUCUGAUAUUAAGGAGUCAAGAAGGCAUCUCUUUACACCUGCUGACAAGAGAAUACCUCGAAUUCGAAUAGAAACAAGACAAGCUUCAACCUUAGAAGGACAAAGAAUUAUUGUUGCAAUUGAUGGUUGGCCCAAGAAUUCUAGAUAUCCUAAUGGUCACUUUGUAAAAAAUUUAGGUGCUGUUGGUGAUAAAGAGACUGAAACAGAAGUUCUUCUUCUUGAACAUGAUGUUCCCCACCAGCCUUUCUCUCAGGCUGUUCUUAGUUUCCUGCCAAAGAUGCCUUGGAAUAUCACUGAAGAGGAUAUGAAAAAUAGAGAAGAUUUGAGACAUCUUUGUGUUUGUAGUGUGGAUCCUCCAAAGUGUACUGAUAUAGAUGACGCUUUACAUUGUCGAGAACUAGAAAAUGGAAAUCUAGAGGUUGGUGUUCACAUUGCAGAUGUUAGCCACUUCAUUCGACCAGGAAAUGCUUUGGAUCAAGAGUCAGCUAAGAGAGGAACAACUGUAUAUCUUUGUGAAAAAAGAAUUGAUAUGGUUCCAGAAUUGCUUAGCUCUAAUUUAUGCUCAUUAAGAUCAAAUGUGGACAGACUUGCCUUUUCAUGUAUUUGGGAAAUGAAUCACAAUGCUGAAAUUUUAAAAACAAGAUUUACAAAAAGUGCCAUUAAUUCAAAGGCCUCACUUACAUAUGCAGAAGCUCAAAUGAGAAUUGAUUCAACAUCCGUUAAUGAUGAUAUUACCACUAGUCUCCGUGGACUAAAUAAACUAGCAAAAAUUCUGAAGAGGCGGAGAAUUGAUGCAGGGGCUUUGAUACUUUCUUCUCCGGAAGUUCGCUUUCAUGUGGAUAGUGAAACUCAUGACCCUAUAGAUCUUCAGACAAAGGAACUUAGAGAAACAAAUUCCAUGGUUGAGGAAUUUAUGUUGCUUGCCAACGUUUCUGUUGCAAAGAAAAUCCAUGAAGAAUUUUCUGAAAAUGCCUUGCUCAGAAAACAUCCUGCUCCUCCUCCGUCAAAUUAUGAAGUCCUUCUGAAGGCAGCAAAAUCCAAGAAUUUGGAUUUUAAGACUGAUUCAGCAAAGGCUCUGGCUGACUCAUUAGACCAAGUAGAAUCUCCUGAUUUCCCAUAUCUAAACACACUAUUCAGGAUAUUAGCUACUCGGUGUAUGAUGCAGGCAGUUUACUUCUGCUCUGGAAUGGAUAAUGAUUUUCAUCACUAUGGCUUAGCAUCACCAAUAUACACACAUUUUACUUCACCCAUCAGAAGAUAUGCAGAUAUAAUUGUCCAUCGGCUUUUGGCAGUAGCUAUAGGAGCAGAUUCCACUUAUCCAGAUCUGACAAACAAACACAAACUAGCAGAUUUAUGCAAAAAUCUCAAUUUCAGACACAAAAUGGCACAAUAUGCACAGCGGGCAUCUGUUGCAUUUCAUACACAGUUGUUCUUCAAAAAUAAAGGAAUAGUGAAUGAAGAAGCCUAUAUUUUGUUUGUAAGGAAGAAUGCUAUUGUGGUAUUAAUUCCAAAAUAUGGUUUAGAAGGAACAGUAUUUUUUGAGGAAAAAGACAAACCAAAGCCAAGACUUACUUAUGAUGAGGAGAUGCCCUCACUAAAAGUAGAAGAUACAGAAUUUCAUAUUUUUGAUAAAGUUAAAGUGAAAAUCACCUUAGACUCAUCCAAUCUUCAGCAUCAGAAAAUUCGUAUGUCCCUGCUAGAACCACAGAUACCAGGAGUAAGUGUUCCUACCGAUUCUACAAGCUCGAACACUGACGAACCAGAAAGAAAGAGGAGCAAGCUAGAAAAUUAACUGUAUCUAACAACAAAGAGACUGUUACAAAAUUGAUUUCCUUUUGUAAUAUUGAGGAAGAACACUGGCAAGUUUCAUGUUUAAAAGUAUUGAGUGCAAAUUUAAUUUGUUGCUUUUAAAGUGCAUUUUAAUCAUUUUAAAAAUUUGCAUUUUUAUUAAACAAUUGCCUUCAAGUCUUUCUCAUCAUCUUUGAGAAAAGUACUU